UAAAGUUAUUAUAUAUAAAUUAUUUGACACAUAGUCCGAUGUUAUUAAAAGGUUAUUUAAAAACAAUGUGUAUUAUUUACUUUUUGAUUUAUUGCACAUGAAUAUCCAUAUUAGCAAUCAAAGUAUUUAAUAUACCAAUGAAUAUCAUAGCAUAAGAGCGAGCUACAAUGACGGUUAUUGGCUUUCAAGUUGUCUAGUGGAGUAGAUUACUUAAGUAGACUAAACUUUGCUUAUCCAUUAAGAGCGGUUCAAUUAAUCAGAAAUCCUAUUUGAUAUUCUACAUAAAAAAGAAAUCUAUAAAGUGAUACUGUUUUUUAUUGAAGAAUAAAAGAAAGAAAUAAAAUUAUGUAAUUUGUGUAGAUAAUACUAGUUAAAUUUUUCUGUAUACUUUAUCUUUUUGAUCGCGAUCUAAUUUGAUUAAAUCAAUUUUAAAUAUAUAAUACAUGAUAUAUAGUAGGCACAGUAUAUAUGAGUAAUAUUGUGUUUCAUAAGCCACAUAAGUAAACGUUAUCGUAAUUAUCUUACCUAGUUACUUAUGAUAGGCAUAAGAUCUUAAAUUGCCGCUGAUAUUAGAAAAUCUUCCAGUGCGCGAUUAAACCACAUAAGCUAUUGCGCUCUUUCUACUGUUCUGUACAAAUGUUUUCAUCAACAGGUGAUAAAAAGGAUCCUUGCCCUAAAAAUGGCACAGAAGCAUUAAAGGAAGAAUUUAAUCCCACUGAACAUCAACAUAUGCGAUACAAUCCCCUGAAGGGAGAAUGGGUACUAGUAUCACCACAUCGUAUGAAGCGACCAUGGGGAGGACAAAUCGAAUUAGAUACAGAGGAAGACCUCCCAGAUUAUGACCCUAAUAAUCCUCUUUGCCCAGGCAAUAUUAGAGCUAGUGGACAGGUAACUCCAAUAUACGAAAAUACAUAUUCGUUUGUGAAUGAUUUUCCUGCAUUACUGGAAUCAGUUCCUAGUCCAAAAAAGUCGGAUGAUGAAUUAUUUCAAAUGGACUCUGCCAGAGGCACAUGUAAAGUAAUGUGCUUUCAUCCAAAAUCAAAUGUAACAAUAGCCCUUAUGCAAGUAUUUGAAAUCAAGGAAGUGGUUAAACGAUGGAUAUUUGAAAUGCUUGAAUUGGGAGAGAAAUGGACUUGGGUUCAAAUUUUUGAAAAUCGUGGUGCUUUGAUGGGAUGCAGUAACGCACAUCCUCAUUGCCAAAUUUGGGCCAGUUCUUUUUUGCCAAAUGAAGCUAAAAUAAAAGAUAAAUAUCUUAGUGAUUAUUAUAAUCGCAAUAAGAAACCACUUCUGAUUGAUUACGUGCAAAAAGAACUCCUUAAAAAGGAGCGGAUUGUAUUGGAAAAUCGAGAUUGGGUAGUUUUAGUACCAUUCUGGGCAAUAUGGCCAUACGAGACAAUGGUACUACCUAAAAAGCAAGUAUCCAGAAUGCAAGAUUUAACAGAAAGUCAACAAGAAUCACUAGCAGUUAUUAUGAAAAGAUUAUGUACAAAAUAUGAUAAUUUAUUUAAUUGCCCUUUUCCUUACUCCAUGGGUUGGCACGGUGCACCAACUGGUCCAUAUGUAAGGCAAGAUUAUCCUUAUUGGACUUUUCAUGGAAUUUAUUUACCUCCUUUGUUACGAUCUGCAACUAUAAAGAAACAUAUGGUUGGCUAUGAGCUUCUUGCACAAGCACAAAGAGACUUAACACCGGAACAAGCGGCGGACAAAUUAAGAAGUUUACCCGAUUUUCAUUACAAAUAUCCGGAGACAAGUUUAAGUAGUUGUGAAAUAGAAAAAUAUUCUGAAUGAAUUAAUUUACUUUACAUAUAAUAAUAUAUUUUUGUAGUUGUGAAUGUUUCUCCAUAUAUACGUUAUUUACAAGACCGUAUAUUGCUGAAUUAUGUACACAUAAACUUUAUGAAUAA